AUGCAGCCCUCCACCGAUCAACGCCGCGGCAACGACAACAACCCACCCACGCCCGCCUCCUCUCGUGGCCUAUGGCGCCCUCGGUACGCCGCGCCGUCCCCCACCCCCGCCGCCGCCGCCGCCCCCCGUCCGAUCCCCACCUACGUCCCUCCCCACCACCGCAACAACAACUCCGCCCACACAAUCCCGGCCUCCCACGCCCACCACCGGAACACCAACUACCGCCAAACCCCGCCGCAGGAGAGGCCGUAUCCCUUCAACCACACCACCACCACCACCACCACCCCCCGCCGCGGCCCGCCGCACGAGAAGCCCGCGCCCGCGCCCGCGCCCGCGAACGCCCCACCGGCGGUGCCGCAGCUGGUGCAGGAGAUCCAGGACAAGCUGGCCCAGGGCGCGGUCGAGUGCAUGAUCUGCUACGACAUGGUGGGCAGGUCGGCCCCCGUCUGGUCCUGCGCCAGCUGCUUCGCCAUCUUCCACCUCGCCUGCACCCGCAAGUGGGCGCGCUCCCCGGCCUCCCACUCCUCCGCCUCCGCCGCCUCCGCCGCCUCCGCCGCCUCCUGGCGCUGCCCCGGGUGCCAGUCCGCGCAGGCCGUGCCCGCCAACGACAUCGCCUAUGCCUGCUUCUGCGGCCGCCGCCGCGACCCCCCCAACGACCUCCUCCUCACCCCGCACUCCUGCGGCCACCGCUGCUCCAAGCCCCUCGCCAAAACACCUCCCGCCAAGGCCGCCUCCUCCGAUGCUGCCACCAGCUGCCCGCACCUCUGCGUCCUGCAGUGCCACCCGGGCCCAUGCCCGCCCUGCAAGGGGCACGCUCCGGCGCAACCCUGCCCCUGCGGCAAGCAGCAGGCGAUCACGCGGCGGUGCGCGGACCGGGCCACACCGCUCACCUGCGGGCAGCACUGCGAACGCCUACUCCCCUGCGGGCGGCACCGGUGCGAGAAGGCCUGCCACACCGGGCCGUGCGGGGACUGCCAGGUGAACGUCUCCGCGCGCUGCUUCUGCGGCCGGAAAACAGAGACCGUGCUGUGCGGCGAGAUGGCGGUGAAGGGGGAGCUUUCGGAGGACCAAGGAGUGUUCUCUUGCGGUGCGUUUUGCGGCCACGGUCUGGCGUGCGGCAACCAUGCCUGCCGGGCUCGUUGCCACCCGGGGCCGUGCGGGGAGUGCGAGCUCGUGCCGGAGAAGGUGACCACGUGCCAUUGCGGCAAGACGAGGCUGCAGGAGAAGGAAAGAACGAGCUGCUUCGACCCGGUCCCCACCUGCGACAAGGUUUGCGAGAGGAAAUUGCUGUGCGGGGUUCAUCGGUGCAGGAGUGCGUGCCACGAGGGGAAGUGCCCGCCGUGCGUGGUGCGCGUCGAGCAGAGGUGCAGCUGCGGCUCGUCAGGCCAGAUGGUGGAGUGCUACGUCAUGGCCUCGGUGGGAGAGUUCCGUUGCAGCAAGCCCUGUGGCCGGAAGAAGAACUGCGGGAGGCACAGGUGCAGCGAGUGCUGCUGCCCGCUGUCGAAGCCGUUUGCGCAGCAUGAGGGCGACACCAUGGAUCCCCACUUCUGCCUCAUACCGUGCGGCAAGAUGCUCCGGUGUGGGCAGCAUGGGUGCCAGCAUCUCUGCCACAGUGGUCACUGCGAUCCUUGCCGUGAGACCAUAUUCCAUGAUCUCACUUGUGCCUGCGGCAGGACAUCUGUUCCGCCGCCGCAGCCGUGCGGGACACCGACUCCGUCGUGCCCACACAAGUGCACGGUCCCUCAGCCUUGUGGGCAUCCAGCUUCCCACCAAUGCCAUUCUGGGGACUGCCCACCUUGUGUUGUGCCGGUGAUGAGAGCGUGCAUCGGGGGACAUGUGAUGUUGAGGAACAUCCCUUGUGGUUCGAAGGAUAUAAGAUGCAACCGUCAGUGUGGGCUGAAUGCUUCCCCUCGUGAUCCGGCUAGAGCCGCGACAGCGCUGAGGUGUCUGGACUAUGGGUCUGCAUACCAGGGUGAUGCGAUGUUGUGCCCAAGCAGCAUCACUCAGGCUUCUUCAACAGGCAAUGUGUGGGGUGGGGCACAGAGGGACGGAGGAUCCGCUGCAAAGAGCAGUGCCAAUCCAUGGAACAAGGCUGGUGCCUCUGAGCCUGCAUCAUCUGGAGACUCGACAGUACUCAGCCAUUCUUCAGGGAUGAGCGUGCUUGGUCAAGUUCCAAGGUCAGCGUGGAGGCGUACUGAUACUCACGGUCAAGUCAUGGGUACCAACAAAUUGACUGCUCUGGAGUCUCCUGCUUCCACAAGCUCAUCUUCGCACUGA